AUGGCUUCAAAUAAAUAUUUACCUGAAACCCUAGAAAAGGCUUUAAAAGAAAUUCGCGAUGGUACUUUAUCUGUUUACAAAGCUUCCAGAACAUAUAAAAUUCCCAAUCAAACCUUAUAUGAUAAAAUACACGGAAAAUACAAAAAGCAAGGUCGUGCAGGAGCUCCAGCAGUGCUGACCCCCGAAGAAGAAAACCUUAUUGUUGAAUGGGUUAUAACGAUGGCUCAAAUGGGUUUUCCUGUAACGAAAGACAUUUUAUUAAAUUCUAGACAUAAACUGGUUGCUGAACUCGGUCGGUCUAACAAAUUUAAGGAAGGCUAUCCAGGUCGGCAUUGGUAUGAGGGUUUUCUUAGAAGAAACCCUUUGAUUAGUAAAAGAAUAUGUCAACCCUUGACUACGGCUCAUGUCAGUGUUAAUGAGGUGAAAAUUAGGGCAUGGUUCAAGCGAGUUGAGAAAUAUUCUCAGGAAAAUGACUUAAGUGAGCUUUUACAAGACCCAUCUAGAAUUUUUAAUUGCGAUGAAUCUGCAUUUUUCCUGUGCCCAAAAGGUCAAGCUGUUUUAGCUAAAACAGGUUCCAAAUCUGUACAUUGCAGAUCAGGAAAUGAUGAAAAGGAAUGCCUUACAGUAUUGAUCGGCGCUUCUGCAGAUGGGAAGUUGAUGCCAGUUCUGUCAUUAUUUCCUUAUAAGAGGAUACCAUCGAACAUAUUAGCAAAAUACCCGAAAACCUGGUCCAUAGGCAGAAGUGAAAAAGGGUGGAUGACCAGCGAAAACUUUUUUGAGUAUAUUGGAAAUGUUUUCAAUCCCUUCCUUAUAAACGAAAGUAUUGAAAAACCAGUUGUUUUAUUUUUGGAUGGUCAUGUUUCGCAUUUGUCCUAUCACCUGUGUAAAUUAUGUAGAGAAAUUGGCGUUAUUUUGGUUGCCUUAUUGCCCAAUUCAACUCAUAUUUUAAGUUUCCUGGAAAAAUACUUGGAACCUCUAAUGAUAAGACUGAUCAACCAAAGUACCUAG